UGAUUUCUUGCUUUCUGUCUCUGUCUCUCGGGUGAGCACACCACCCUUUAGCAAAAACCUCUCAAAAAAGAAGAGUACCUUAUUUUCCUAACUUUCAAAGAAAGCACAGUGGAUUUGGAGUCAGGACAUCUGCAUUUGCUGGUACUGUCACUUACUGACUCUGCGACCUGACUAAUGUCUUAAUCUUUCUGAGCCUCAGUUUCUUUAUUUGUCAAAUGGGGCUGAGAAAAUACCUACCUCCCAGUGUUGUCAUGGGGAAUCUCAGAUGAUAGGUGUGAUCUUCGGCUGUGUCAUUGUGAGAUAUUUUUAUUGUCCUUCUCUCUUUUUCUUCCCAGAGACCCCCCCGGCCGCCCUCCUUCUUUUGUUCCUGUGGCUGGGGGGGUAUCCCCUCCCUCCACAACAUGGAGCCAUCUCCUCUGUCUCCUGGUGGGGCAGCACUCCCCCUGCCUCUGUCGCUAGCUCCACCCCCACUGCCCCUGCCAGCUGCUGCAGUGGUACAUGUGUCCUUCCCUGAGGUGACCAGUGCCCUCCUGGAGUCCCUCAAUCAGCAGCGGCUGCAGGGCCAGCUCUGUGAUGUGUCCAUCCGAGUGCAAGGCCGGGAGUUCCGGGCUCAUCGUGCUGUUCUGGCUGCCUCCUCCCCUUACUUCCAUGACCAGGUCUUGCUCAAGGGCAUGACCUCCAUCUCGCUGCCCAGCGUCAUGGACCCAGGCGCCUUUGAAACUGUCCUGGCCUCCGCUUACACUGGCCGCCUGAGCAUGGCCGCUGCUGACAUUGUCAACUUCCUCACAGUGGGGUCCGUGCUCCAGAUGUGGCACAUUGUGGACAAGUGCACUGAACUCCUCCGGGAAGGCCGGGCCUCUGCCACCACCACUGUCACUACUGCCGCAGCCACCUCUGCCGCUGUCCCUGGUGCCGGGGUGCCAUCAGGAAGUGGGGGCACCGUGGCCCCGACCACCAUGGGGUCCGUGCGCUCCCAUGCCUCCAGCCGAGCUAGUGAGAAUCAGUCUCCCAGCAGCAGCAACUACUUCAGCCCCCGGGAGUCCACUGAUUUCUCAUCCUCAUCGCAAGAGACGUUUGGGGCUUCUGCAGUGGGCAGUGGGGAGAGGAGAGGAGGCGGCCCUGUAUUUCCAGCGCCGGUGGUGGGCAGCGGGGGCGCCACCUCUGGGAAGCUGCUGCUCGAGGCAGAUGAGCUGUGUGACGAUGGGGGGGAUGGAAGGGGCGCGGUGGUCCCUGGGGCUGGGCUCCGGCGGCCCACCUACACGCCCCCUAGCAUCAUGCCACAGAAGCACUGGGUUUAUGUGAAGCGGGGUGCAAACUGCCCAGCACCUGCUCCCCUGGUCCCCCAAGACCCAGACCUAGAGGAGGAAGAGGAGGAGGAAGACCUGGUGUUGACCUGUGAGGAUGAUGAGGAUGAAGAGCUGGGGGCUGGCUCCGGGGUUCCAAUGGGGCGAGGGCCUGAGGCUACCCUCAGUAUCAGCGAUGUCCGGACCCUGACUGAGCCUCCAGACAAGGGGGAGGAGCAGGUCAACUUCUGUGAGUCCUCCAACGACUUCGGCCCCUACGAGGGUGGGGGUCCUGGCACUGGACUUGAUGACUCUGGGGGACCAACCCCUUCUUCCUAUGCCCCCUCCCACCCUCCAAGGCCCCUCCUUCCUUUGGACAUGCAGGGCAACCAGAUCCUGGUCUUCCCGUCGUCGUCCUCCUCCUCUCAGGCUCUGGGCCAGCCACCAGGGACCCAAGCGGAACAUGGGGCAGUGACGCUGGGGAGCACGGCAGCGGGGGGCCUCGGUGUGCAAGGCGGCACUGGUGGGGCCCCUGCAGGGACUGGCGGCGGGGACGGGAAUAAGAUCUUCCUGUGCCACUGCGGGAAGGCCUUCUCCCACAAGAGCAUGCGGGACCGGCAUGUGAACAUGCACCUCAACCUGCGGCCCUUCGACUGCCCCGUGUGCAACAAGAAGUUCAAGAUGAAGCACCACCUGACCGAGCACAUGAAGACGCACACGGGUCUCAAGCCCUACGAGUGCAGCGUCUGCGCCAAGAAGUUCAUGUGGCGAGACAGCUUCAUGCGACACCGGGGACACUGUGAGCGCCGGCACCGCCUGGGUGGCGGCGGAGCCGGGGCCGGGUCUGGAGCCGGGGCACCCGCGGGUCCAGCCUUGCAGCCCAAGAGAGAGUCUCCCGGAGGGGGUGGGGGCAGUGGGGACGAGGCGAGUGGGGCCACACCCCCAUCCAGCAGACGUGUCCACAAGGUGGAGAUGGGCUUCAAUGGGGGCGGAGGAGCAAACUGAAGGGGCAAGCUAUUGGGGCUGGCCUGUGGGGAAGAGGGGAUCGCGAGUUCGAUUCGGGGGCACCCAGGCCCGGGUGCUGUGUCGCCACUCUUACUGUCUUCCUUUAUCUCUGUGGACUUGUAUAUAUCGUGGAGAGGGAACCACAGCGCACGUCGCCAGUCCAUUCCACUUCUCAUGCCUCCCCCUCCAAGAGGCCCCAAACCAAUCCUUCCUUUCCCUCUGAUGGGUACAAGGCGCCCCAGCUCCACAGAGGGCGCACGUUGGGGGGGAGGGAGAGGGGGCGUGUCGAGUGUGAAGUCGCAGGGUCUGGUGGUGGUUGUAGUUUGUGUUUGUGUCGUUGCGGGGACCCGGCCUUUGAGCCCCACCCUUGUCCUAGAACCUGCCCCCUCCCGAAGGAUAGGCCCCUGGUUUCUACGCUAUCAAUCCCCACCCCACUCCCGUGGGGAUCCCCAACUUGGUUCUCAACUUGGGGAAGUGGGUGGAGACGGGAGGGAAUACGUCGUAGGAGUACAAGGUUUUUAUUUUUUAACAAUAAUUAAAAUAUUUAUUGGUCAUUUCA